UGAAAAAUAGGGGGCGCAGGGGUCGGGGGCAUCGUGAAGCAGCUGACUGUGGGCCUUUGGUUUGGGUGGCAUGUGCAGCUGCAGUGUCUGGUAUAGCGUGGUGCAGUCCUUGGCGCCUUCGCAUCGCGCUGCCUGCUUUUGUGCGAUGUUGACGAUGUGGCUGUUUCAUUAGAGAUUGACAGACGAAGUGCCUGCGUUUACUUUUUAGUGCUAAAAUAAGGUACGUGCUAAUUUGAGAUUUGUCGACAUGUCAGCAUCACAAGUAGUGCCCGAAUACGAUGUCAAAUUCAUUACGACGAACUCGUUGGAGACACAGGGAGAACGAAACGUCCAAGACGACAGUUCCACUUCGUCCAUGUCCAAUGGAGCCAAAGGUUCCUCCUGGGUCUCUGCUGUUUUUCUAAUCAUCAAUGCUGCUCUUGGGGCUGGCUUACUGAAUUUCCCACAUGCCUUUGACCAAGCUGGUGGCAUAGCAGUGGCUCUUUCUGUGCAGGCAGUGCUGCUUCUGUUUGUGGUGGGAGCCCUGCUUGUGCUGGCCUACUGUGCCAGGCGGCAGGAGUGUUCCACUUACCAAGAAGUGGUGCUGCGUGUGUGUGGGCCACGUUUCUGGAGCUGCUGCUCACUAGCAGUGGCACUCUACUGCUACGGGACCUGCAUCACCUUUCUAGUCAUCAUAGGGGACUUCUCAGAUCGCAUUUUUGCAUCUCUCUACGGGCCAAGCUACUGCAUCCACUGGUUUAUGCACAGGGACUUUGUUAUUGUCACCGCAUCUAUUGUUCUCAUCCUCCCGAUGUGCUUUUCACGGAAGAUUGAUUUUCUCAAAUACCCCAGUAUAUUUGGUGUGCUUGCUGCCCUUUAUUUGGUUCUACUGAUCGUGGUGCAGUACUUUGUUGGGAACUCGAAGUCAUCUGGUACCAGAUCCUCUCCCAGCUCUCUGGAAGAUGUUUUGACUGCUGUUCCAGUAGUAUGCUUUGGCUAUCAGUGCCAUGUGAGUUCGGUCCCUAUCUACUCGUGCCUUGAGGACCGGCGGCUGUCUACAUUCGCCAAGGCAGUGCUCAGUGCCACCCUUUUGACAGCCUCGCUGUACACGGUAGCAGGGGUGUUUGGCUACCUGACAUUUGGCCAGGGGGUUGCUAGCGAUAUACUAGAGCUCUAUGAUGCCCGUCAGCCACUAGUAUUGGUGGGAAUCCUGGCCAUGGCACUCAAGAUCAUCACUACAUACCCCAUCCUUAUCUUCUGUGGCAGGACAGCAGUGGAUGAUCUCUACGGACAGUUGCGGAGCCUUGAUGAGGAUGGUAAACGCAAUAGUGAGCUGCUUCGACGGAUAACAAUUGUGUCAAUCUGGUUUUGCACCACGGUUGUCCUGGCCUGCCUUGUACCAAACAUCAGCAUUGUCAUCCGUAUCAUUGGCUCCCUUGCUGCUACCUUCAUUUUUGUCUUUCCCGGUUUGUGCCUGUUGUUUGUCUCCAUCAAACUGGACAGGUCGUACUAUUUUGCCAAGACUAAGUGGAAACUGGCAACAGCAGUGCUGUGCGUGGCACUGGGCAUGUUUGUCUUUGGCCAAGUACUCACCAUGUCUAUAAUGGACGCUGCUUCAGGUCAUGGGCAGGCUGCGGACGUUCAGCUCUGUACAGUGCCAAAGAUGGUUCGCCUGUAUUCUUACUUCUAGUAGAAGGUCCAGUUUGAGUGACAGGGAAUUUAACCACAGGUUUUACAACUCAUGCUGUGGGUACUUAAAAAGUGCAACGGAAAGUCAUGGAUGAAGAACUCAUGCUGCUCCUUUGUUGUAUUACUUUGUUUUGUGGUUCUUGUAUAAUGUAGCCACUUGGGCUAAUGUCAGGCCUUAGGUAAUGCUCUGAAGUAAAAGAAGCACAAUGGAAUUUCAUUGUAUACGUAUACUCUGUUAGGGGCAUCAUGAAUGCGUGAGCUAGUCUGUGUAUGUUCACAUCUUUCAAAGUAUAUGGCUACUUUGACUGUGUGAGAGCCUCCGUGAUAUUGUUUUAAGUGAUGCCUAUUUACUCAUAUUACGUGAUAUACUGUAUCUAGUAUAAUGUAUUUGCUCAUCUGUCAUUGGCAGGCCCUAGGCAGAUUUUAUUUCUUAGAUUUUACCAAAUGACAGUCUUCAGUGAUGUUGAUAUUUAGCAUGUGCUAAAAAAAAAAAAAGAAAAAAAUUGUGUGGUUGCAUUAAAGCGGUGUCUAGUGCUUGGAUCAUUGGCGCUAGCCCAGGUGACUGGAAUACUACUACCACAGGUGUGCCCAAGGAUCUGCGUCGGUGUAUGCCAAGCCUUUUCACGGUACCCAUCCCCUUCCAUAUUCCCAUCUGUACCUUCUCAGCAGCGUCGUGUUUGCUUCAUGCAUACCAGCUAGUUGCAAAGCCUUGAAAUGUCCUAGACAGCCACUGAACUUGUUCAAGCAUGAAGGAAAGCAAAGCAUAUUUAACUAUUUUGCACUCUUGAAAUUCAUCAAGGAGUGUGAUACUGUUUUAAUGUACUUGUCUUUCACUGUUAUUUUUGUGCUCUGUGGGACACCAGACAUUGAUAAAUUGAUAGGGUUUAUUAACAUCCCAAAGGGCAACACUGGGUCUAUAAAGGGCACUGUAGGCGCGAACCAUUGGAUUAAAUUUUCCAUCUGUUCUUAAUAUGCACCCAGAGCUCAGUAUGCAAGUGUUUUUGCAUUACGCCCCCAUAAAAUUCUUGCACCGCGGCUGAGAGAGCAUCAGAUGUUAUAAGGAAACCUAGCAACCCCCACAUGGCAAGCCAUAAGUUGGUUACACACUUAUGACUACUACUAGUACUGCACUGCAACCAAGGUAAUAGGUCAGUUUGUCAUGUGUUCAGCUUCCACAUAUGUUGUGCGUAAAAAAGGAAUUGUGUUGCAAGUUUUGGCAAGCUGGCAUUUCAUGUCCGAUAACACUUGCUGGGUGGGGGUGCAUGUACAUAUACUGAGUCUUACAUUUAGCAGGCAACACUGUUCAUGCUUGCAGGUUUCAUGGUAAAGUGUUUUAGGUCCGCAAUGCUUCUGUGGUAAUGACUUCACAUGUUAAGAUCAACAUAUGGUGUUGCUGUCACAAAAAGUCGUACAGCUUUCUUUUGUUAUUAUUAUGCAGCUUGUGAUAUGUAGCAUGCAAUGGUUUGGUCACAGGUGCAAGCAAUGUGCUGUGGAAGGUGUGCAAGCAUGUAGCUCAGCAGGGAAAAAGAAAAAGAAAAUGUACAACUCGGGUGAAUUCAGUCGUAAAGCGGUUAAAUAUGUGAAGCACUCUGUCUUAAUUUCUUCAUAUAUUAUGACUGCAAUGCGAGGUGUUAAUAGUGCUAUGUCAGAGAAUGUGAUGGCUUUCAUACCUUUUGCUUCCUAUAUGUGACAAUUUUUAAUUGCAAAUAGUGGCAGUGCAAAAGUUGUUCUAGCUUUCACAUUUUUGGCUGUGAAAUAUUAGUGCUAUUGACAAUUCGGAAUGGUAAGGGGAAAGCAUCCCACUAUUUUUUUAAGUUCAUGGGAACAUACUAUUCUGCUUAUGGCGUACCAUUUCAUUGUGCUUUUGGCAGACGUGAACACAUGUAAAGCAGUACAUGUAGCUUGCUUCAGAUUUAUUAUCGCCACGUUUGACAUCACAGCUGCACAGAAGUGUUGCACUUUUUUUUUAUGGUUGUCAAAUAUGCCCGCCAUGUGGCUCAGUUGAUAUUGCCUUCUGCUGCUGAAAAGUGGUUGUGGGUUAAACUUUUGAUGAGUAUGGAAUGCAAAAACAGCUAUGUGCAAUGCUCUAGUGGCACAUUAAACGAGUGCCAAUACAAAAUAAUUACCUUUUCUUGAACAGAUAGCUUUUAAUUCCUCAAGGCUGCAACAAGCACAGUAGAAUUUCGUUAUAAUGAACCUGCAUAUAAUGAACUAACUGCUCAUGAAGAGAAAUACUAGUCUCGAUUAAAUCCCGUAGGUGUCUAUGUAUGUUUUGUCAUAAUGUAGUGAAGAUGGCUGUUGUAGGGGAAACAGAUAUAUAAAUGAAAAAAUGUCUUCACUAUAUCCAGAAUGACAUGAAUAGUUUUGUCAUAGAAAAUAAAGUGUGGUCACACUUACCAUGGUUUUGGCACAAUGUUUCAGUCACUGUGACAAUUUGUGCAUGCACUAGCUGUUCUAAAUUCUUGUCAGUGCUUUCUUGAUAGAGAAAUGGUGGUAGUGUCCAUAUGCAUGGUGAUAGCAGCCUGUGAAUCUGUGUCAAUAAAGAGCGAAUUUGUGCUCUUUUCACCAAAAAUCAACCAGCUGCGCUUAGAAAAUUUUUAUCAUUGUUACAAAAUGGCAAAAUCGUGAAGUGUAGCUAUAGCAAAAAAUUUUCUCAGCCCCGAAAACUUCACGACAAUGAGGUUCUAUUGUAUUCACACCAUCUGGAAAUUUAAAAUGUGCACGAAGUGCACCAUGGCUUCGGCCAUGUGGCAGGAUGUGUAAUCAAAAUUGGUAGGUGGUGGUCACAGGGCAAAACACAUCACUGACAUGUACUACAGUGAGCAGUAUGAGCGGGAACACGUGAACGCACAGCAAAUAGCCUUGAAACAGAGUUAGCGUGAUACGCGGAUGGCGCUGUCGAAAACAUAAGGGAAAGGAAGGCGCUCAUCCGCUAACUGGUUGCACUCCCGCCUCGCUAGUGUUGCUACGAAACUGCAGCUGAUUGCGUUUCACCGGCCGCUAGUGAUAAGGCGGUUGCAGCACAGAGCAUGGCAAUGUGUUGCUUAUAGUUCUGCGCAAGAUCCCUCUCUCUCUUUUCUCUCUAUGACAUGCACGGAACAUCUGGCAGUGAUACCGGCUUGAUACUAUAGCGCCUGUAAUAGCAUUCAUGCACAGGGAAAAGCAGUAUUGCUUUUUAUACCUAUUUUGCUGUAUCCUGGUUCUCGUGAACGGAGAGAAGUUGCAUGCAGAAGUCGGUUGAAAAGUCUUUAUUGGGUGCUUGCAACAUGGCAAUGAACUUUGAAUGCACGUAAAAAAAGUACCCCAUUAUAUGGGCAUUAGUUUGCCCCUUUUCUUGCGUUUGGUGGGCUAAUAAAGGGUCAUGGCUCUGCCGGCUUGAAUGAUGGCCUCCAUUCUUUCUGGCAGAGACUCGUAGAGAGCCUCGAGCAAGGCUGUGUCAUCUUGAAGACGUUUCCACUCUUGUAUAGCUUCCCACAGUUCAUCAGCAGUCACCAAGUCCAAGGAGAGCAUGAAAAGGUUAGCCUUCAUACAAACAUGCUGUAUUAUGUUCAUGCCUGCACCCUUUGCACACCACUCAAGGUGCAUUACCCCCUUUUCAUCUAAAAGACGUCACGACCUUUGCUGUAUGCAUAGGAGACAAGUCCUGUUGGAAUAGAUAGUACCCACACAGGUGUGGACCAUUCAAUGCAUAUGGGAUCAUCUUGUGCUCCAGCAGUGUGCAAUACGCCACACUCGUAAAUCUCCCAGAGAUUCUUGCAAAGAAACUUAGGCUGUCACUUGAAAUAGCUGCCCAUACGUUUACUGACGUGCAUCCGCUUGCGGCCACUUCCUUGAUGUUCUACGGAUGGAAACGUGUGUUCUCCAUGCACUACUCUUUUCUGCUGGUGCCAGUGGCUUGAGAAAGUAGAUUCGUCAGAGAUUACAUAUUUCCAAUCCGCCACCCUCCAGCUGCAGUGAUCGACAGCGUACUUCAGGCGAGCAGUUUUGUUAGCAGUUGUGAGAAGGGGCUUCUGAGCGGUGAUGCGACUUUGGAGUGCGGAUUCCCCUAAUCUUGUCGUAACGUGCUGUCACUUAUAUUUGCCAGGUCAAGACUACUGCGCACAUCCUUCGCACUUGGAAAUGGCUUCUCAUUGAGUGCAGCAACAAUUUGUAGGUCUUGGUCCAUCGAAGUGGUGCGGGGUCGCCUCUUGUGUGGUGCACCCUUAAUGCAUCCUUCAUCUCUAUAUACUUGGACUACCCUGUUGAUGGUCUUCAACUGGCAGCCUGUCAAGGCAGCAAUGUUGCGCUGCAUGUAACCUUUCUUUGACAAUUCUACAACUUCUUCCUGCUUAUGCAAAGGCACUCACGACAUCAUUAGGCGCUGAAACACAGAUUACUACUUGGCACGUACAGCCGUGGUCUACUUUGUAAGCAUAUUCUACGUAAAAAAUAAUUAAACAGUUGUCUCGGUGCUCAGCCAACACCACCUAGAUAUAAGCAAAUCCUGUGUAUCACGGCAGGCCAUGUCACGGCCGAUCCCUCGAUAUUUAUGUAGCCUGAUGGGUCUUUGAAUGUGGCUGCGCGCUCUGAUACGAACUCAUAUCAUCGCUAGCGGCCUGUGAUGCGCAAUCAGCUGCCAUUUCGCAGCAACAUUAGCGAGGUGGGAGUGCAAACAGUUAGCGGAACUGCAGCACCCUUUCCACUUCGUUUCCGACAGCGGCCGCCGCGAAUUGCCCCAAAUCGGGUUCGAGGCUAUUUGCUAUGUGUUCGCAUGUUCCCGUUCAUAUUGCUCACGAUAGUACACCAUGACUAUGGCUCUGAAACCAGAGAUCAUUGAGUACUCCACAGGAUAAGAGGGGAGAGUGAGAGCGGCUCCCUGCAUUCCCAAAGAAGCAACAGCUAAGGACCAGGUUUGACCCAUGUCGGAUGCAGAGAAGCACAAAAUGAAGGAUGAAAGCGCCAAUUUAGUGGCUCCCAGCCAUCUUUGACGAUGUAGUCAUUGUCUGGCUUUCAGCCACUGCACCACACUAACAUACAGGAUAUUGUCUCCUGCAGCUUCCUUGUAAGAGGCGUCAAAUGUCCUGUUGACUGUUCACUGCUUUUUUGUUGUAAAUGUACAGUUGAUUUGAUUUUAAGGUCGAGUCAUUAAAUUCUUUGCAUUUGUGGUAAUAUCCUUGUUUUGUUGCUGCUUUUAAAUAGAUUUUUACUUCGGGUCCUGGCCCUGUGUGUAAUGCACAAUAGCUUAUGGGGAUCAUCUAGCAAAAGAUAAGGUGCUCUAAAUAGUGCUUCAUAUGGUUAGAUAGUGUAAAUAUAAAAUUUUAACUCGAGCACGAGCUGGACUAAACAAUUUCAUUUAGGUGCAUGUUAAAGAACCCCAGGUGGUCAAAAUAAAUCUGGAGUUUCUCGCUAUGGUAUGCCUCAUAAUCAGAUCAUAAUUUUGGCACGUAAAACCCCAUAAUUAAAAAAACAUUUUGAAAAAAAAUUGGAGGCAUUUGUGUUUUGGGUUUCAUUUAGAGAAGCCGUUCUUGCAUUGGACAGUCCUAUUAAAGAGUCCCCUGACAGUGUUAUAGCAUAGUCAUUGUUUCAGGAAAAAUUAUUUAUGGUGGUGCACUGAAUUUUCAUAGCUAAAUCUCUGAUGCAGUGGGAUAAGGCACUUCAUUUUAUUAUUAAUUUUAGACAAUACUUCUUGGCGUUCACGUUUAUAGAUACUACUUAUACUAUUUUUUUGCCAUCUUUGGAUUUCUCAGCAUUUUCCAAUGCAAACUAAGAAAAAGCUUGAUAUUGUUUAUAAAUUUUAUGAAUGUCUCCAUGUAUCCAGUGUGCCAGAGACAUAUGAAAGACCUUAGGCAUGUAUAACUCUGUAUAUGUGGUGGAAACAAGCAUUCUAGCAGCAUCCCCUCCCUCACUCUUUUUCUUAUGCAUAUGGGCCAAAUGAAUGCUCUGUAAUGAAUGGGAUCAUGACUGUUGUGGGCACCACAAUGUACUUGCCAAUUUCCUUGGUGGCUGCGAUGCUCGUCUGGGGAAUAUACGCUCAAUUGUUGGUUUGUUGAGCAUUCCAUAUUUGAAGUCUUAGUGACUGCAGAACACAAUGUUCUCUUUUGUUGAAAUCAUAUUUUCAUAAUGUUUUUUUUUAGGAGUUUUAAGAAAUAGAGCAUCUGUAGUGUUUUUUGCCUAGUGUGCAGUUAGAGGUUCCAUCUGUGGUUUUAUUUGCACUUGCCUUCAAACACUAGCUUUGUUUAUAGCAAUGCACACUGAGUGGGUUAGGAAAGCUUCCCAUUUGCAGACAUUCCUGAUAACGGCUCUGGAGUUCUUUAUCAAAAUGUGAUGUAUGGUUGUAUGUGUCUGGUGUUGGUGUGAAAUCAGUGUUUUUACCUCCCUUCUUUUCAUCUGGUGAGGAGAUUGUAAAUUUUUGCAAAUUGAUAAGUUUCCACCUUGUAACCCCAGUGUGACAUAAAUUUAAGGGCAACAAAGGAAUGCAAAACUAGGGCUGUAAACAUUGUUCCAGGUUUUUAGUGGGACUUUCAAUGUGAAACUUAAUGUUAAUGCUUCUGGAGAAGUCUCAAUGCAUCAAACAUGUUCGGCUCCUUCUGCUCACUGCCACAAGAAUCAACACUUACAAUUGGACUUGUCAACAUUCCUUGAUGCAUGUCUAGCGAUACCAUGCAAAAUCACCUUAUUUCUGCCUACCCUGGGUAGAAAAAAUAUUAAGUGAGGUCUCGAUAUAACGAACUUCAGGGGGCUGCAAUAAAUUCAUUAUUUUGAAAGAUUGUUACAGUGAAAGCCCCACAAUUAACCAUACCUCCCAUCAACCCAUCAGUUCAUAAGUUGUCGCCAUAUGAGCUAUCCACGAAAACGUCGCUGUUGGCUCUCGGCACGUGCUGCUGCUGUUUUCUAUAGAUUCCGCCGCCACGCACCAGCGAAGCACCAUAUAAUAAGAGUGACGCGCAAAACAGAUGCUGUCGCCAAGAAAACUACCAACACAUAGGUAGCUUCAUGUCGCCUCCAUAGAGCAAUAUUUCUUGCUUUUUGUUUGUUUUUCACGUUUAUUGCCGUGCACACCUCCACUGUCUCACUUGAGGUGGACAACCAUGUCAAAGCGCAAGCGCGCGUAAACGACACUGACUGAAAAGUGCAAAGUGCGACCGUGUGGCAUCCCCACGAGUACAAAGGUUACAUUUCAGGCGUAGCUAGUAUGGCCGCAGAAAGAGAAGUGGUUCUUGCUGGAGAAAGGAGGAAAGGCUGGCACUAUCUUCUGCAACCCUUGUGGGAGCACGGCCCAGUGCCAGCGGGGUGGGGGAGAUGGGAGUAAAGGAGAUAAAAGGUAGGAGGGAGAAAGAUAAUGUCGCCAUGGCAGCAAUGGAGCAGACCGGCAGGGAGGGCCCACUGGGUUUGACCGAAUGGGUGGGCCGGUGACAGACCACAGGAGGUGGUCCAGCAGAAGCUAGGUUGGGGCAGAUCAGGAGGCCCGGGGUGGUGGGGUAGCCGUUAGGCUGUCCGUCUAACCAGGGAAAAGGAAGUAUUCCUGCCGUGCACACGGAAGCCCCAGGUGGUGGAAUUCUUGCAGGAGUCAGCCACAAUGCUGCAGGUAAGCAGGACAGGCCAGCAGGAGGUGCUCGAGUGUUUCUGGGUCACCGCAGGAACCACAGGCUGGUGAGGUGAUGAUCCCAAGGCUACGGCGGCAGGCUGCUGUCCAAUAGCAGCCAACUCUCGGGUGAAGCAGCAGCGAGGUAUCCCUGCGUGGGAGGCUGUGCUGUGGAAUAGGCCGUGGAGGCCAGCCCAGAGAUACUAGUUUGUCUAGGUGGCAGGCGAUGAUGUGCCAGCGCAGCCUGUGCCUCGUGAAAUCCGUAGCCGUUACAGCAGGGCUGAGGGGGACAGUGGAGUGGUGGGCACUUUUUGCAAGAGUGUCUGCCUCUUCAUUGCCCGGGAUCCCCACGUGCGCCAGUAACUAGUGCUCCCUGCCUCCUGCAGGGCCUAUAGUCUCAAAGAGAGCCGUGCGACCCCAAGGCUAGCCCAGGUCUCUGCAGGCAGAGAGGAGCUGCCUUGGAGUUGCAGAAGAUGGCUGUUGGGGUCGCUGGCAACUCCUGUGCCAAUGAGUCCACACCAAGGUGGAGACCUGCUACCUCUGCUGCGGUAGAGCUUGCAUGUCCUGGAAGACGGCACAGCACAGCUUGCCAUUUGGUAGAGCGGGUGCAACACAGGCUGCUGUGGAUGAGCCCGUGUCCGGCAUCGGAAUCAUCGACAAAGAUGUGCAGGUGGGCCCCAAGUCUCUCAUGGAGGAGAGAGGCAGCUGUCUGCUGCAGGGCGCAUGCUGGGGAGCAUCUCUUGGAGACACCUGGCAGCUCCGUGGUGAUGAGGACUGGUGGUCUCUGUGGUGGGGGUGGCUGUACAGCAUUUGCUUGUCCCCUACGACUUCCUCAUAAGUCACAUAGCCACCCCAAGUGUGAUGCAGGCCGGGAGCAUAGGUGAGUCAGGAGGGCUUGACCGUCUGCUGCAUGGUGCAGGCGAUCAAUGUGUCGUAGCCCCUGUUGCAGGAAGAGUAGUGACAGGGGCCAGGCACCUGCCUCGGCAAGAGUGGUGGCCACUAGAGAGGUUUGAGGAAUGCCAAGGCAGAGCCGUACUGCUGACCGAUGCUCCAGCUUCUGAAGACGGGGUGGGGGCAGUUCCACCAGAGGGAGGGCAUACAGCAGCCGUGAAGUGGCUGCAGCUUCAAAGAGCUGUAGGGCCCACCUGGUGGUACAGCCCUGUCCACGGGCAAGAGGCUGUGAGAUUGCCUUGCGGACCUGAAGUGUCUGAGCGUACAGGGCCUUGGCAGCUAGCAGCCAGGUCAGCCGAUGGUCAAUACGCAGCCCCAGGUAGGUGAAUGCCAUGCUCCAUGGGAUCUGGACGCCCUCCAGGCACAGCCGGGCAGCUGAGCUAUGGGCCACUGCGAAACGCGAAAGAGGCGUGCUCAGAAAGAAGGAAGAGGCGCAGCUCCAUUGCUGGGCAACACUUUCCUGGGCGGAGUAUGCGCUCGCAAAAACUGAUGCAUCGUCACCUCCGCUCGCCCCCAUAUAUUUUUUACCUUGGUCACCCUCUCAGGUUUUCUGAACCCCAUGUGCCGCGACGUCCGCUCUGCGCCUCGUCGUCUGCUAGCCUACUGUUUUGGCUACCGUGAAGGAUACACGGAAAUCUAAGAAUCCCUAGAUUUUUUAAUAUUAGUUCGUAUUACUGAGGCGUUGUUAACAUCACAGGUAAACUGAAUAACGAUUGUUAUUCUGAAAAGUUCGGUAUUCUGAAGAUGGUAGUACCGAAAUAUUUUUACAUUGAAUCUAUAAGAAGUCAGCAGGGGAUUUCUGAUAAGUUUGUUAAUCUGAAAAGUUCGUUAAUGUGGUGUUCGUAGUAACGAGGGCAGGCACAACUUUGAAAACAGAAAUGUGGCAUAUGCCUUAGUGACACUGUUCUUUGUUUUCAUUUUGUGUCUUACUGUGGUUCAAGCAUGUUGAUAUAUUCUCUGUGGAACAGUAUGGUCAAAUGCCUGCUGUUGAAGUAGAUGACUGUUGAAAAUAGUUGUUUCCUGCAUUCUUGUCCUUGUGGCCAAAGGCACACAAAAGGUCUGCUGGCCCUGCUUGCAUGAUUCGCUGUGUGUAGGAUUACAACCACAUAGGCUUGGUCAAAGUGAAAUGAGAAAUGUUUUAAUCACCUGUUGCUAGUUCUAUAUUCUGAUUGCGGCUGCACAUUCAAGGUUUAUGUACUUUGUCAGGGAAAUUUGGUGAAAUUUGUUUGGCAAAGCCAUAGGUUAAUUACCAAAUGCAAUUAAUUUCUUGGUGCCGUGAGCAAAAAAUGAGCCCAUGGAAAGUGCGCCAAGCUCUGCGUUAGCUUUAGGCUAGUGGUAUGCAUGAGAUAACAAAUUUGUAUUUUUCGAUAUUAUCAGCACUGUUUUGUAGAAGCCACAUUCUACAGUUGGCCAGAAAUGCAGCUCUUUAUCAAAGACCCAUGCAGUGACUCACAUUCUCCUCAAUUUUUCAACAGUCUGUAGUAUGACUGUGGGAGUUCAGACUGUGUUAUAAGCUGCUAUGGCCAUUGCAUUUGACCUAACCUGUAACCGAGCAGCACUGCGAUGCCCAUUCUGUGAUGUAGUGCAUGCCAUAGUUUGUUUUGGCCAGUUAUCCUAUGUUUAUCAUUGCUGGAAGGAACACAAGUGGGCAUGGCUUUGCAUACUAUCAGCAUUGCCUAAUGAUUUGCAGUGUAUAAGUGCAGUGCAAGCAUGUUUGGUGUUGAUUCAUUCCUAUUAUGUGCAUUACAUCACACAAGCCAUAGGCACAAUCUCCUUUGCUCAUCUGCCUCAUGCUGUAUGUCACGUGGAAGCUGUGUGCAGGUGGAUAUCUUAUUGACCCAAACUCAAGUGAACAUUAGUCAUAAUGGAAGUGUUUUUUUUUUUUUUUUUUUUUUGCCCAUGCACUUUCAUUUACUUGCAGUAAAAUUUGCGAAAAAAGGGGGGGGGGUUAAUAGUGUAAUAGUGGCAUCUUUCAUUUUCCUGUUUGUUUAUAUUGAGAUUUGUGAAAAUUGGCUACACUUGCAUGUUAUUUUGUGUGUUUCCACUUGCAUGUAGUGUCCAGGCAGAUUCCAUGAGACAAAAAGCACGCAGCCACCAGCAUGCAAGUGCUGUGGUGAUGUGAUGCUUGCAAGGUGUAUAUAUAUUCUUGGCCAUAUGUGCACUGCUCAUCUGUUAAGCCAUGCUGAUAGUAUGCAGACAAGUGCUUCCGUGUUCCCGCCAGCAUGACCAAGGCAUUGCAUCAUGUUAGUCCCGCCAUGUUUGCAUGCCACAUACAAGUGACUUCAAUCUCGCAACUCUCUGUAUUGGUGACAUUGUCGCUCUGGCUGCAGCAGUGACCCAGUUUCAAAUAAGUUUCAGAUCUGUUUUAUUUCAUUGAGUAGCAUUAAAUGAAUAGCAUUGUAAAAUAACAUUUUCAUUCACUCGUGAACUGUAAACACUUAUUUUGCGCACAAAAUUAUUGUAAUUGUAGCUGUGCAGCAGUCACUGUUUCACCAUAGUCAAAAUGUGCAAUAGUAAAUACUGUGGUUGCAUUCUUUAUUUCUUGGGAGAAGUGAUAUUUAACCAUAUUUUCAGCUGUUAUAUAUGUGUAUGUGUGUGUGUGAAUGUGGGCACAUUCUUCAUGUGGCUAAAAUGGUGUUUGGAAAUAAAGACAUAUUUUUUAAACAACCA